CCUCCCCCAUGGCGAAGAAAACCUACGAUCUGCUCUUCAAGCUGCUGCUCAUCGGGGACUCGGGGGUCGGCAAGACCUGCGUCCUCUUCCGCUUCUCCGACGAUGCCUUCAACACCACCUUCAUCUCCACCAUUGGGAUAGACUUCAAGAUUAAAACUGUUGAAUUACAAGGAAAGAAGAUCAAGCUACAGAUCUGGGACACGGCGGGGCAGGAGCGCUUCCACACCAUCACCACCUCCUACUACCGAGGGGCCAUGGGCAUCAUGCUGGUCUACGACAUCACCAACGCCAAGAGCUUCGAGAACAUCAGCAAGUGGCUCAGGAACAUCGACGAGCACGCCAACGAGGAUGUGGAGAGGAUGCUGUUAGGAAACAAGUGUGACAUGGAAGAUAAAAGAGUUGUCCCAAAAGCAAAAGGUGAACAGAUUGCCAGGGAGCACGGUAUUAGGUUUUUUGAAACUAGUGCAAAAGCAAAUAUAAACAUUGAGAAGGCAUUCCUCACAUUAGCAGAAGACAUUCUUCGAAAGACCCCUGUAAAAGAGCCCAACAGUGAAAAUGUAGAUAUCAGCAGUGGCAGUGGGGUGACGGGCUGGAAGAGCAAGUGCUGCUGAACCUUCUCCUCUCUCACCAAUCGCCAUCCACCGCCCCUUUUUUCUCGCUGCAAAACAAACCACUCUGCCCGUUUUUUAACCUGAAACCGAUGGUUCUGUUCCUCAUCUUAACGAGCUCCUGCCUCCCCUUGGUUUUCUGGCUAGGACAGCUUUGCCUACUCCAGUUUUCUCAACACAUGUAUAGGAAAUUCAUCUCCGUGACUUCAUUUCCAUGUCCCUGCUCAGCUCACCACUACGUUUGGGUUGUAUUAUAGUCCCGUCCCUCCUGCCAUUAAACCCCAGAGCAAUCAUUCUCAACUCUCUUCUGCAAAUUGUAUAAGAAUAAAGGUUAGAAUUAACAAUUGA